UCAUAUUUUAUAGCGCCCCAGGUGUUCUUUUUCGAAAUCAUUGUUGACGUCGGACCCGACCGACCUAUGACUUGCUUAUUAACUUAAGAUGGUUUCUGAUUUGGAGUCCAAGUCAUGUCUGACUUAUUUUGUCGUCAAGCUAUGCAGACAAGGAGGCCUUUUCCCAAAUGAUCGCACCACUCUGUUAACAGAGGCAGAUGAGCUCCAGAUUUUACAGUUCUGCCUAUCCAAACGUCAAGAAGAGGAUGGCAGCACCCCCAAACCGCGUCAAAGAGAAGCAAUAGAUCUCCAGCAGAAAAUGAAUGAAGCUAUAUGCAGAGAUAUUGAAGAAAAGAUACAAAAAGCUCUGAAGCUUAGAACCAAGGCACAGAUUGAUGGUCAGUGUAAAGAGCAGUCACUAGUUUCCGAUGACACAAUCCUGAAGUCAGUGGAACAGGAUGGAAGAGAGCCUGACUUGAGAGAAGAGGCCUCUAAAUCAGCACCUUUGCCAGAAACUGCUGCUGAUUCAGAUACUUCACCGACCUCAGACUCAAACAGAUCACCUGGCUCAAGUCAAGACACCGGUGAUUUUGAUGAGAUGGCAAAGAUAAAGGAAACUGUCACAGCUUUUCAAAAGACCAGCAAUCACAUAAGUGUGAUGGAUAUUUAUAGAAUAUUUGUCUCUGAAUUAUGCAAGGAGGACACAGACCUUGGGAAAGAAAUACAAAACAGAAAAGAAAAUUUUGCAAAGCUAGUGCCUGAUCUAGACCACCACUGUGCAAUGCAAAAAGAGGUUAUUCAGCUUCUUCACCUCAUGGCUGACGUCAACAGUGAAUGCACCCCAUCCACUGAAGGGCUGUCAUCAGAGAAUUCAGUGUUGGAUGUAACGGAACUCGAGGGAGCCCCCCCUCCAUGCAGUGGUUCUUCAGAUAAUCUGGUGUUGCCUUCUUCACAAGAGUCGUCAGCUAGCUCCAGACCAGAGCCUCUGAUGUCCCCCAAGACUCCAAGUUGCCAGGGGAGGAGGGCAGCUGAACUGCGGCAGUCAAGCAAUGCCUCAACUCCAUCCACUCCUUUCUCACAGACAGAAAGACUGGAGUUAUGCAGGGUUUUUAUCCAUGAUGUUUUGCGAAGUUACCUGCAUUUACUGGUCAACUCUCGUAGUCAAGUGGCACUGGCUAGGGUUUUUAACAUCCCUGACAGAGGACUUGACCACCAAGCUUUCACACACCUCAAACAUGAAGCUGCUAAGACUGGAUUGUCUAUGUAUCAGGAGGUGUCUUCCUUCAUGCUCCGCCUCCGACUUGGUGGGAAGGGCUAUGCCCCGCCCACUGACAACCCUCUGAUGGCUCAUGUGAAAGGCUUGGGAGCCCUGCUGGAGUUCACACAAAAGUUACAAACAACAGUGGAGGAGGACCCUAGCCCUGGAUCAGCCUGUCGUCGAGUGGUGAACAUCAUCAAGAACAAUUUGGUGUUGUGUAAAAGUGGACGGUUUCCUCGCACAGCUGUGGAGCCAGUGGCACAGGAAGUACACCAGUCCCUGGCAGCCCUGGUAGAGGAAGCCAAGUCUAGUGUGUCUGGCAGCCCGGACAGGUCUGUCAGCAGUGGGGGAAGUGUUCUUGGCAGGCGCUGUCUCAACAUCAUCCGCUCUUAUCUGGACACCUCAGCUCUGACUUCCUCGCGUCUGUCCGGGCAGCUCAUGAGGGACGUCCGAUUCUCUUCACAGACACCGACCCGGUUUCCUUGUCUCUUGACCCAGUUUAGAUCACCUUGCCUACUGGAAGAGGAAGAUGAGACCGCUGAGCAAGAGAAGGAGAUACAGGAGACUGAUGGCAAGGGGAAAUCAAAGAUCAGUGACAGCAAUGUCCAGUUUGUUUCUUCAGCUCUCUAUGUAGAUGCAGGGUCAGACCUUGGUCUCCUCAUGUCCCAGAGAACUAUGAGCUCUGUUGAGGUCCUGCCAAGUAAAACGAUUGUGCAGCCGAGGGAAGGCAGUGAUUUUGACGUAGGAAUGGAAAAGAGCAAACGGGGGCCUAACAAAGCGGCAGCACUGCAGACAGUUGAUGUCAAGGAUCGGGUUGGCAAAGGGCAGGAGAGGAAGGGGAAGAGAUGCCCUGAAACACGCUCAGAGAAGGAAAACAUAACAAAGGAAAAGUCUGGUGUGGGCCCCAGCAAGCCCAAGCAGCAGCGAGGUGGGAGGAAAGCUCAGGCAAGUGUUGGAGAAUUGAUGGACUCACCAAAGUCUUCAAAGAAAAACAACCAAAUAGGUGCGGGCAAGAAGAAAGUGGAUAAAUCCUGCAGACGUCGGCUUUUGCCUCAGGUGAAAGGCCAGGCUAAAAUUACUGGCUUUUUCAGAACAUGAUUCAAGCUGCAGACAUGAAAUAUUGAUCAUCAUUAUUAUCAGCUUUUCUCAGCUCACCCUGUGGUGGAGUAUAAACUACCAACAAGAGCUCUCCAUGUACUUCUGUCUUGGGCUAUUGUCUCCACCUCUAUCCAGCUGUAUCCCAUCUCCUUUCGGUCAGAAUCUAAAUCCAUCCUCCAAGUACUUUAAGGCCUUUUUUGCUUUCUCUUUCCUUGUGAAUUCCAUCUUGAACUUAAGGCUUGGUAGGUAAUGUUUGUUUUCAGCUUUUCAGGGUGUGUCCAAUCUAGUCCCAUUUUUUGUUUCUGAUUUUUAUGUCUAUUUUCUGUUGGUUUGUUCACUUCCGUAGUUGUUCAUUUCAUAUGGUUUCAGGCAAAUGAAUUUUUAGUAUUUUAAAAAAGGGGGCUCUUGUGGCCUAGAGGUUAAGGUGUUGGCCUCUCAUUCAAAGGUCUC